GGCGGGGCGGGGAGCAGGCCGAGGGCUGCGGGGAGGGGACGCUUCCCGCGGGCGCGCGGAGCGAGGACGGUGACAGCCACGCGCGCACGUGCGCGCCCGGCUGCAGCGCGGCCCUGAGACCUCCGUCGGCCGCUGAGAGGCGCGCGGGCUCUGGGAAGCCGCCGUCUAGGGGCCCCGUCCGCGGGCGUUCCCAGCGUCCCCGGCCCGAGUCCCGGAGAGCCGGGCCGUGCCCUCCCCGUCGGUCCUCGGUCGCGAUCCUUGCCCGGGGCCGUCAGAGUCCGCCUCCGGGACUCCCCUUUCCGUUCCUGGGCAGGGUCCUCGCGGCCCAUGCUGGCCGCUGGGGGCCCGCGCCGCUCAGACAGCUCUCGGGCCGGCCGGCCGGCCACCAUGGUGGCCCUGAGGCCUGUGCGCCUCCUCCAGGGAGGCUAAAAGGUCCCGAGUGCAGGCUUCGGGGCGCGAGGGUCCUGCGCCUAAGCCCCGCGCCAUGGCCGGGGCCAUCGCUUCCCGAAUGAGCUUCAGCUCGCUCAAGAGGAAGCAGCCUAAGACAUUCACCGUGCGGAUCGUCACCAUGGACGCGGAGAUGGAGUUCAAUUGCGAGAUGAAGUGGAAGGGGAAGGACCUGUUUGACUUGGUGUGCCGGACCCUGGGGCUUCGCGAAACCUGGUUCUUCGGCCUGCAGUACACAAUCAAGGACACCGUGGCCUGGCUCAAGAUGGACAAGAAGGUGCUGGAUCAUGAUGUCUCAAAGGAAGAGCCUGUCACCUUUCACUUUCUGGCCAAAUUUUACCCUGAGAAUGCCGAGGAAGAGCUGGUUCAGGAGAUCACGCAACACUUAUUCUUCCUGCAGGUGAAGAAGCAGAUCUUGGAUGAAAAGAUCUACUGCCCUCCGGAGGCGUCUGUGCUCCUGGCUUCUUACGCCGUCCAGGCCAAGUACGGCGACUAUGACCCUUCUGUUCACAAGCGGGGAUUUCUGGCCCAAGAGGAAUUGCUUCCAAAAAGGGUAAUAAAUCUGUAUCAGAUGACUCCGGAAAUGUGGGAGGAGAGGAUCACAGCCUGGUACGCGGAGCACCGAGGCCGAGCCAGGGACGAAGCGGAGAUGGAGUAUUUAAAGAUAGCUCAGGACCUGGAGAUGUACGGUGUGAACUACUUCACAAUCCGGAAUAAAAAGGGCACAGAGCUGCUGCUUGGAGUGGAUGCUUUGGGGCUUCACAUUUAUGACCCUGAGAACAAGCUGACCCCCAAGAUCUCCUUCCCGUGGAACGAAAUCCGGAACAUCUCCUAUAGCGACAAGGAGUUUACCAUUAAGCCUUUGGAUAAGAAAAUCGAUGUCUUCAAAUUUAACUCCUCAAAGCUUCGUGUCAAUAAGCUGAUUCUCCAGCUGUGUAUUGGGAAUCACGACCUGUUUAUGAGGAGAAGGAAGGCCGAUUCUUUGGAAGUCCAACAGAUGAAAGCCCAGGCCAGGGAGGAGAAGGCCAGAAAGCAGAUGGAGCGGCAGCGCCUCGCUCGGGAGAAGCAGAUGCGAGAGGAGGCUGAACGCACGCGGGACGAGCUGGAGAGGCGGCUGCUGCAGAUGAAGGAAGAGGCGACGAUGGCCAACGAAGCCCUGAUGCGGUCGGAGGAGACGGCCGACCUGUUGGCCGAAAAGGCCCAGAUCACGGAGGAGGAGGCGAAGCUCCUGGCCCAGAAGGCGGCAGAGGCUGAACAGGAGAUGCAGCGCAUCAAGGCCACAGCCAUCCGGACGGAGGAGGAGAAGCGCCUGAUGGAGCAGAAGGUGCUGGAGGCUGAGGUGCUGGCGCUGAAGAUGGCUGAGGAGUCAGAGAGGAGGGCCAAGGAGGCCGAUCAGCUGAAGCAGGACCUGCAGGAAGCCCGCGAGGCAGAGCGAAGAGCCAAGCAGAAGCUGCUGGAAAUCACCACCAAGCCCACAUACCCGCCCAUGAACCCACUCCCAGCACCGCUGCCUCCCGACAUGGCAAGCUUCAGCCUCACUGGCGACAGCCUGUCUUUCGACUUCAAGGAUACCGACAUGAAGCGGCUUUCCAUGGAGAUAGAGAAAGAGAAAGUGGAGUACAUGGAGAAGAGCAAGCACCUGCAGGAGCAGCUCAACGAGCUCAAGACCGAGAUCGAGGCCCUGAGACUCAAAGAGCGGGAAACAGCCUUGGACAUGCUGCACAAUGAGAACUCCGACCGGGGUGGCGGCGGCAGCAAGCACAACACCAUCAAAAAGGUACCGGCUCCCUCAAGCCCAAGGCAGAAGACCUAUCUGCAUUUGAGCCCUCACAGUAGGUUAUGCCCAGGUACUCUGUAUGUGGUGAUGGGACCGCCCUCUGUGGUACUAACCCCUGCAUGAGCUUGCCUGUCUGUGUCCCCGGGGCCGCGCCCAGCCCUCCCGGGGGGGCAGGCGGCACCUGGGGCCUGGCCGCAGCAUGCUUGAGUCUGAGAGCAGGCGUCCCCCCUGCGGGGCCAGGCCGACCUCCAGGGCAUGUCCCGGGGUUGUCGGACCAGCCGUCCUUCCUUCACGUGUGUCGUUGUUGGGCUGGGGAAGGUCAUGGCUUCUUGUCCGGUCAGGUGUGUCUCAAGUCCUUCGUCUUGGUGGCCCUCCCUCCGAUAAAUAACCCUAGCAUGGGAACGGGGUCUGUUUGGGUGUCUUUUUAACUCGAGGUCAUGACCUUUUGCGUGGUGACAGCCUCUGAAGACCCGUCCGCGGUCACACCUGGCAGCUCCUGGUCGUGGGACCGGGAUGGGGCGGGGAGAGCUGCCCGUGCUGCUUUGCCUUCCUCUAGAGCCGGCCCCCAACCCCCACUUUCUGUCCACAUCUAUUCUCUUUUCAAGUAAAGCAAAGCGCUAGCACAGGGGUCUCAGCCGCGGUCAGGCUCCGCGGACCGUCUGUCCACCAGCGAGUGUGCUGACGGCCGCCUCGGCGGGAACUCCCGUCGGGACAGCGCAGUCCUGGCUGACGGGCGGUCAGCGCUCGCCAAGUGAAUUAAUUGAAUGAUUGCUGCUUUCCUUCUGCGACAGUUCAUUAUUCUCCCCACAGGCCUAGGCAGUGGAGAGAAUUUAUUACACACAAUAAUAAAAUGACACUCUCCCCCUGCUCCUCGCCCAAGCCCCAGCAGCACCCAUGCCAGUGAGCCCGCCGACACCCGCGGUCACGUGUGGACAUGUUCUUUGCUAUCCUCACCAUGGUUUCUGCUCCCAGAAUAAAACAAGCCCAUUGGAAGCUUUGUAUCCAAAAGUGCGAUCUGGCACAGGAUGGAUCCUAUUUGUGGUUGCCAUCCAAGCGGGAGAGGUUAGCUAUUAAAGUCCCAGAUGGGUCUCAUUAUAAGAUGGAUUCGGUCUGUCAGUGGUUUCAGGAACCCCUGGCGUGAACCACAAUUUGUGUGUGACACUUUUAUUUAGCGGGCUCCUGUUUCUCGAGCUUUCACGCCACGUGCUGGCAUUGAACACCCUGUCACCAAGCGGUGCAUGCUCUGUGCUGGGCAGGAGUGAGAACCAUGAAAUGAGUGGGCCAGGCGGCACAGCACCCAGGGUGGGCCCACUGAGGCUUCCUGGGCCCCGUGGCGAGCACAGGGGCCCACAGAAAGCCCAUUUUGUGUUUCAGUCUGUGCUGGCAGAUAUUCUCUGUGACCGUACUCUUCUACGUUGGGAUGAUUUCAUCUCUCUUCUUUCUGUGAUGAUUCAGAACGUUUCAAUUCUUCAGGGGCCCGGUUCUGACCGUCAGUCCUUACUGAGCUGUGAUUACAGACAAAUGAGGUUUGAUUUGUAGUCAAACGUCUGCUGCUCCUAGGACAUGCACAGAUGACUUCUUUUUUUUUUUUUUAAUGUCUUGAUGUGAACUUGUUUUCAAAGUAGGCUGGCUGCAAGCUCCAGUUAACUCAGAAUUCAGAUUAAUCGAGGGUUAAUAAAAUGGAGUUGGCUCUCAACACAGCUGGACUUAAUCUCAGCAUCACAGAUCAAGCAGUGGUAGCUUUUGCUACAUAUGAAGUUGGAGGGGAGGCACAUUCUGGACUUUGGUGGUUCCAGCAGCCAGUAACCAAGCCUGCCGGCCAGCCACCUGCUAUGCCGGGGUGGCUCUGGCCUUGUGCCUGGUCUGGGCCAGAGUGAGCCUAGAUGACGAGAAAUACCACCGCAGGCUCUGAGAUGUGGGCACCCAGACUGUCAAGGGCACAGCUCCAUCUAGAAAGUCCAGGGUGAGAAAUGCAGAUCGGUGGUGAACCGAAGAGUUUCCAUUGUCCUGAAGCUCGUCAUUAAUCUUGGUUCAAACCAGCCUGCAUUGAUUUUGUUUUGUUUCAUUUUUCGUGUCUUCUGAUCACAGAUUCCUUCGAGGAAAGACUGGUUCCCUUCCCUCUGGCCGUCCGGGUGUAUUCCUUCCCCUUUGCUCUCCGGCGUCCCCCUCGAGGCCUGUGUCUGACCCGCCUCAGCAGGACCCUCGGGGGCUGGUGACACUUAGGCUAAAUUCCAAGGGUUUACCCGGGGCAGGGUUCCCACGCUCCUGUGGCGGUGCCGAGCAGUCCAGUCUGCCUCACAGGGGCCAGCUGCUGUGCCACUUCCUUCCUCUGUAAUUCUUACCUUCUGCUAAGGGUCAGUGUCCUCACCUAUAAAAGGGGAAUAAAACAGUUCAUGCCCCUCAGGAUUUUUAUGAGGAUUCAGUGAGUUCCCUGUGGGUUUCCCAAGUGGUGCAGUGGUAAAGAAUCCGCCUGCUGAUGCAGGAGACGCACGCACACAGGAGACAUGGGUUCGAUCCCUGAGUCAGGAAGAUCCCCUGGAGAAGGACAUGGCAACCCACUCCAGUAUUCUUGCCUGGGAAAUCCCAUGGACAGAGGAGCCUGGCGGGCUACAGUCCACAGAGUCGCAAAGAGUCGGAUACGACUGAGCGCAGCAUGGCAAGCAGUUCCGUAUAAAAGCUUAGCGAGGGCUUGAACUUGUAUAAAGAAACAAACCUGCUUGGGAGCCUGGCCUGGGAAGUGCCACACUUGCGUGCACAGCUCAAGACACGCGUAUCCAGUGGUGUUUUACCUUCCACGUGUUUGGAGGUAAAAGCUUUUAAAAAGCCAGAAUGAACCACACCAAUGGUGCUAUGUGAUCUGGAUUCACAAGGGUGUAUUUUUCUGCUCCCACGGAUCUUCGCUGCACAUUUCCAUCUUCUCCCGAUCGAUAAUCAGCACAACUGGUUUGACAUUUGCAUCCGAGUCUGAGCGGCACUAGCGAUCAAAGGCUGCCCUUGGGAACGUAGACCCAUGGCAGUCUCGGGGUGGCGGAGGGGAGGUGGGGAGGAGAGCGACAGCGGCACGCGUUCCUGGCCUCUGGGUCUUCUGAACGAGGGCGUGGGGUCCGGCAGUGAGGCUGCGGGAGGGGGAAACGGUGUCCCAGGCUCGAGCUUCUCGCCUUCAGAGCCACCGUGCCGAUGAGCUGCGCAGUGGCCGCGUGGGAUUUAGCUGCACAGCGACUGUGGAGGUGACACUGUGGUCGCGCCCUUCACCCCUGCCCUUCUCAAAGGGCGGCGUCAUUCUGGGCUGGUCUGAGCGCCAGCAAGCUUGUCCUCGUGUCUCAUACCCGUGCUCUCUGAAGAAGCACAGGAUCUCAAAGGCAGUCGACAGAUGAGAAAUCCUGGAGGUCAGAGAGCUUAGAAAGCUUACUUCCUUCGUAAGUGGUGUGAACCACCGAGGCCCUGCUGUGGUUUCUGCUGGUGGGGAGGCAUCAGUGAGGAGCCUCAGCAUGUCUCUGAAGCCCAGCUGCCGCUCUCAGAUCAGGAAGACAUAAAAGACCAAUGACAUCUUCAAUUUGCGGGGACUCCCUCUGGAGCUGCAGGGCUGGAAGUCAAGUACAGCACUUACAACACCAGGGACGUGAGCAACCCCAGGGCGAGGGUGGACUCGCGUGAGAGGCGUCCCUCCUGGUUAAAGCCACCGGCCCGGCCUCCCUCCUGAGUGACCUCCAUCUGCAUUGCCCGCCGGGACCUGGGACCCUUCACAGGCUGUGCUGCUGGUGUGGUUGACAUGCUCAGUGCCCCCAGACCCAGCUCAGGGACCCACUUGGCUCAGCCUCUUUGCCAAAAGACUGCGAUCCAGCCCCUCCCUUGGGUGGGUGGGCUUUACCUGGGUGAGCCCAUUCCCUAUGGGAGGUGUCGAGGAGCCUACAAAGCCUGCCUUGCCCUCCAAGGAUAUCUUGCCCCCGUUUGGAAGUGCCCGAGGGCACCAGCGGGAUUUAUUUGAUGUUUGAGUCAAACAUCUCAUCUGGUCCCUCCGCACGGACCAUACGUGUCCAUGCUGCUUCCCUGCAGCACCUGAUCCAUCACCGCAACCACAGGAGGGACGAAUCCGGCUGUAAACUCAUUCUGCGGGCGCAAGGUUCUGUUCUGACGAUCCCUGCCGUGAUUUCCCUUCUGAUGUUGGCGAUUUGAAAAGACAUGGGUCUGUCUGCACCGUUUCCCCCAUGUGCCCGUGCUGAGCGCUCUGUGCCCAUCCGUCAGCCUCCCUGUGGCCAGCGAGGUGAAGCGGGCCGAUUAGUCCAUUUUCCAGGUGGAGGAGCCGAGCAUCACCCGGGCAGCCGGAGAGGCCGGCAGACGCCGGUUUCCAGGUGCCGUUCAGCCUAAAGGAUGCAUAAACCAAAGGCACCCUCCGGGUUUUCCCAGGCAGAUUUCUCCCAGAAGCAGAUAAAGUAGCUGAUGCCAAAGUGGAUUUGUUCAUGACGGUGGACUCGGCCCCUCGGCCCACCUCCGUUUCGGGAUAAGCAUGUAGACAAGCUCUCUGCCCCUGUACACAUCACCAGAUGACAUUCGGGUGCAAGUUGUCAGCUAGCAAGAUGACAGAAUUGCUUAAUCCGGCCAGUUCCCAUUCGCCGUCUCCCUCCGCUGGCCCUGCCCCUUCAGCUUCUCUUCCGGAAAGGGAAUGUUGAUCACACCCCAAACCAGAGAUUAUGUAGGAAUUCGCUGCUGCUUCUGAAUUUGGCAUUCACCUUCCUGCUCCCAGUGGUGGAGAAGCUGCUUGUCCUUUUGUAUCUGUGCUGCCCCUGCCACCCCCGCUCCCCCCCCAGCUCCUCUGUUCUCAAUAUGUAGUGGCGGAGAGAAAGUGUAACAUGAUUUUAGGGCUUGCAUUUCGAUUCCCCUGCAUUUUUAUGGGAAGAGCAGGGUCUCGACCCCUGGAGUUCUUAGGGUAGUGUCUGAAACAGGUUCAGCCUUGUGGGUCUCCUUGUCUAAAAUGAAUAAGACUCCCCCACUACCCACCCCCACCGCCUUUCUCUCUUACCCCCCAGGGAUGAGUGGAUUGAGGCGAGGCCCCCAGAGACUAGUUGGAGGACUCCUGGCUCUCUGAUUAGUUUUGUUCUCCCAGCUUAAUUGUAGAGCUUCUUCUUGCUGUCUCGUCACUGAUCGCCGAAGUGGCUCUGUGUCCUGCCCACCCCCACCCCAACGCCACCCCCUUUUCUUUAGAAGCCAGAUUAUCACAGUGUGGCCUUGUGAAUCAAUUUUCUCUAUGCGCUGAUGAAAGUGUAAUUCAUCCUUAAUCAGGCAGCCUUGCCGCUUCAGGCCCGUGCCGGAAUACAUCUAGUUCUUCUCCCUUCACUUUGGGAAGCAGUGCCCCCCCCCCCCCCCCCCCACCCCACCAAAAGGACUUUUAGAGGAGAGCCGGGGAGGAGGGAGCUGGCAGCCACCAGGGUGGGGGGCUGGGUUCCUCCAGCAGGGGGCACUCCUGGGAAUGAAUGAGGCUGGAGGAGCCUGGGAGCUGGAAGCCUUCCCUGCAGGGCGGGAGGGCCCCUCGCUGAGCCUGGUGCUUGUCUCGAGGCCUCCGGGCUUGCUAUCUCUAGACCCCCAGGGGCCCUCUCUCAGGAGUGGGCAGCAGCAGGGGGCUGCCUGAAGUCCUCAUCCAGUAAGCUGGAGGCCCCUGAGUCUGUCUUUUCUACGCGUGCCUGAGUCCGGGAAAGGCGGCUAGCUACCAGGUCCUUCCCAGGGCCGGGGGAGCCAGCCUCCCAUCUUUUUAAGGGCACAGAUGCGGCUCCCGAAUCUGAACUCGUUUAUUAGCUGGUUGGAGGUAUCUGUUCGGUCACACUGCACACAGCUUGGGUGGUGUGAAGAGGUCUCGGCCCUGCCAGGUGACCCCACCCAGGUGACCCCACCCCCACCCCGUCCUGCCCUUGCCCAGCCUGGUGGCAGUCACAGACAACGGGCAGUGCCAUGGGGAGGUGGGUGGGAGCGGGAGGCGACUCUGCCGGGCUUGUGUGUGUCAGGGCUGGGCAGGAAGAAGGGGCCAGGCCACAGGUGGACCAGAUGCCUGUCCCCCCCAACACACACACACACACACACACACACACACACACACACACACACACCCCCCGAAGAUGAAAACCACGCUGUCCAGCUCUGCAGCUGGCAGAGAAAAGGAAGUUUGUCUGCUCGGAAUGGAGCUUGGAUUAGUGACAGACUUGAACAGCCGGUUCAGUCGAGAAAGAGAGAACUUAAUUCCUUCUGUAUUAUUCACAUGGCUGAUCUGAAUCAGGUAUUAGGAGACAGCUGGAAGAGAGGCACGGUCAGCCCUGAGCCUGGUGAGGAGACGUUCAUGGUCUUCUGUCAUCCUCGGGGCGCCGGCGAGCGGACCUGCUAAGGCUGCGCGUCCUCAGAAGGCUUCAGAGAAGGUGGAGCGGACCCCGUGGGUCCUGGAUGAGGUAGCCUGUGUGCGCGAGGCCCCACUUCUCCAUCCAUGUCCCCAGGCCUUUCUGCUCCUCCAUCUACUGAAAUGGGGGGUCCUCCCCCAGCCCCAAGCAGUCCUUCUGGGGGUGAUGACACGUGUUGCUGGAUCACCAAGGGGCUGCAGGGUGGGGGGUGGGCUCACGGGACAAGCUUCGGCUCUCCCGUGCGACACGGCAGGACGCAGGCCUCGGUCGGAUCAUCGCCCCUGUGGUCCCUUGCCUGCUAGGCGGAGAGCCAGGAAGGUGGAUGGAACACUGAGUGGCUUGUACACCUUGGAGGGUGAGAUGGUGGCCGGGAUCCCGGCCUCUGUGAGCCCAUCUUCCAGAGUCUAUGGAGACGACCACAGGGGCAGUUCACGCUACGAAGGGCCAGCUCUGUGCUGUUUCUGCCAGGGCUUCCCCUCCUUGGUUAGGAACACAUCCUGCCUGAGGCUGCACGGUCAGUGUGACAGUCAGGGAGCUUUCUAGAAAGAGCUGGCGGUCAGGGAUCCCACAGGUGAGGGGCAUGAUCUCAAGCCCAGGGGCCGGGAGCAUGGCUGGCAGACCCCGAGGGCGCAUCUGCCAGCCCCUGGGCUCGAGUCCCCACGUGAAGGAAAGAAGCCCAGGCUUCUCCCUGCAGACCCGCCCCCCGCCCGCCUCCCCAGCUUGCUCUCCAGCACGACCACGAUCACAGAGUGAUGCCUGAGAUGAAGGAUGCUGUUGAGUUGGAGCAGGCGGGGGCCGCCGUGGCCACUGGGAGGGUUCCAGCGGUGCCAGUCAGUUCGUGUGGGAUUUUCCUCUGAUGAUGGGCUUCCUGUGGAAAUUGGAACUGCCAUGGCUUCCCUGGUGGCUCAGAUGGUAAAGAAUCUUCCCUGCAAUGUGGGAGAGCCAGGUUCCAUCCCUGGUUGGGGAAGAUCCUGGAGAAGGAAAUGGCAAACCACUCCAGUGUUCUUGCCUGGGAAAUCCCGUGGACAGAGGAGCCUGGCGGGCUACAGUCCAUGGGGUCACAAAGAGCUACUGAAGGACUCACACAGGAUUUACAUUUACAUGAACUGUGCAGAAAGAGUGAGCGAUGGGGGCAGGUCUGCCUGUGGGCCAGGCCUGGAAUCCCAGGGCCCUUGGUGUCAGCAGCCACGUCGGCCACCUCAGUCUGGUGGCCCCACCCGUCCGUCCAGCAGCCCGGAGACCACAGUACUGUCUUCUUGCCAAGGCCGUGCGUCUGGGGUGCCUCCCUGCUUCCGCAUGGCCAGGGCAUUGGGUCUGUCCCCGCACCUCUCCUUGGACUGGGGCUCAACUGCUGCUCUUGCGAGAUAAGAGGUCAGUGUGGGCUGGGGUCCAGGGAUGCGUGCUGCCCACCCGAAGAGGGCUUCGCCUCCUGACAAGCUCACGCUGGAGUGGGUAGCUGGAAUCUGGUGCUGGCACCUCGAGGGGACAGCCGGCACACAGCUCACGUAGACAACCCAGGAAUUCUUGGCUCCACCAUCGUACAAACGGGCAGCAGGCUCUCGGAGGCCUGCACAGGCCGGGCUCCCCUCCUCGGGGGCCUCUGCUUGCCCCACCUCAGUGGUCGUGAGCCUUCCCCUUUGCCUGCAUCCCUUCUAACCUGUGCUGUGCCCUGCUUCCUGAUCCCUGGAAGGCCAGGAGCCACCGCUGCGGGAGGAGGGACGUGAUCUCUUAGUAUCACCAGCCGUAGCGUGUCAUCGGGCAUUUCUGAUCACCCUGUGAGGAAGGGACCGUCAGGACCACCCCGCGGCUCAGCAGCCAUGUGGGCUUUGGGUCAGGCGGUCUGGCUGUGCUUAUGAGUGAGUGGGUCUGUGGAAAGAAGGGCUGUGGCAAAUGUGUCUCCUGCGGGUCCCCUGUCCCCGGAGGAGCUGACCUGAGGUCCCCCGGGCAUGUUGGAGGAACCAGAGUGGUACACGGGCUUCCACCCCUUUCGGUUCAUUCUCUCCCAGGAUGAUUUUUGUCCCAGCGGCUCUCUGGCUCUCUCUUCCGCAUCCUGGUUCCCAUUAUCACCGAGCUUGUCCUUCCCGGUCCUUCUCCUCUGUUAUGUUUAGGGAGAAGCCCAUCCUUCUAGAGGGAGUUCCGUCUCAGCAAAGAAAUGAAAGCUCUCUGCAUUCCCGUUAGAGCUGGGCUUUCCAAAGGGCUUCAGAAAUUGGUUCCACUGAAGGAAACAGCUCAGAUGCCUCCCUGCAUUUAGCUUGUUAGUCGGGAACUUCAAGGCCAAAAGAUUUGGCAGGAUUUAAAGAGCCGGCUCUCAAGCUGUCUCAUUUCGAGUGCACUGAUGCUGUGCAUCUUUGAUGGUGAAGUGGUUGGGUUGGAGCCUUCCUCCCCCGCCCUUCACAGAGCCAAGCUCUUUGGAUUCAGAGGCUGCCAGAGGUCUCUGAAUGAGGGAAUGGGCCAGGCCAUCUAGCCUGCCCCUGUGGUUGAACUCCAGAAAAAAGGGGUUCAGAGAGGUCAAGCGUGUCUCUUGAGGCUACACAGUGAGCUGGUGAUGGAGAAUUAGCACCUGGGCCUCUCCAGCCUGGUGGGGAACUCUCGAAUUUCCCCUGCAUCUCACCAUUCGUUGCAGUUACCACCUGCAUUUUGCUCACUCGACAAGCGGAGCUCCCACUGUAUGCACAGCACUAAGCUAAGAGGCUUGAGGGUAUGAAGGUGGACGGACUGGACUGUGCGUGCUCUGUGUCCCCAUCCCCGGAAACUCUCCUUAGCAAAGUCCCAGAGCUGGACGUGGCGCGCAGUCUCACCGGUGUGGUUGCUUUCAGGAGCAGAGCUGGGCGCUGGGAGGAUGCCCACGCCAGAUGCUUCUGCUUGGGGAGCUCCUGGCAAGGGGCCUGCUGGGUUGGGGAAUUGAGGUUUGGCAGCCCCGAGAGGUCGCAAACCCUAGUUCGGGCCUUAUCUGCCAGCCAAGAGCUCCUCCCCCGGCCCUCCCCUUCCCUUCCACCUCGUCCCCGAGCUCCUGCCUCUUAGGAAAGGCCUCAGGCCCAGAGCACCCCACCACCACCACGUGCUGCCCCCUCCCUGCCUGAACCAGCCCCACCUAGAAAGCCUGAGCCCUCCAUCCCAGUUUGUGGAUGGAAACGCCCUCUCAGCUGCCAGGUCACGGGCAAGUCGGCUGUGGGGUCCCCUGGGGAACUAGGAGCAGAAGAGACGAGCUUGUCCUCACAUGACGCAGGCCUGCCCUGCCCGAGGCCCAUCACCUUGCCCUAGCGGCAUGCCCAGGGCCUGAGGACUGAGACGUCGGUGCUGCCGAGCUGACCCUCACGCCCUGGUGUGGACAGCACGCCCUGUAGACGGGGAUGGAGGAGUCUCUUCAAAUGCCCCGGGCUCUUCUGCCCGCCAGCCAUCCCUCCCUCCUGGCGUGUCCUCACUGGCCACCUCCCAAUCCGAGUCCUUGGACGACUCUGGAAACUUGCUUGGGGCUGACCACCGGCUUCCGUCUUCCCUUUCAUUCCAAACCCACUUCGAGCUUAGUCCCCGAGGCAGGAGGGUGUCCUGUCGUGAAAGGGCAAGAAGCCAGCCCCGCCUUCACCAUCUUCUCUGCUUCC